GCUCUUUCCACCGGACGGGUUUUAGCGGCGCACACGCCGCGCAGCUCCUGUUUCCUUGGCAACAAGCGCUCACCUGUUGAUCAUCAAACGGCUCCCGUUGAUUUAAGCAGAACCAGAACCAGAACCUUCAGGAAGCAGGAACCGAACCGUUCUCUGGUACCGCCGCAGGAACCGGUCCACAUGGAGGAAGAACUUCUCGCUGUGUCAUGCUCCUCUGCAGCAGAAUCUGCCUUCGACGCUGUGAUUGGCUGCAUCCUGGAGAUCCUCAUGGAGGAGGACUUCCAGCACCUUCAGCAGAGCUUCAUGGACCAACACUACCUGGAGUUUGAUGACUCUGAUGAGAACAAGCUCAGCUACAUGUCGAUCUUCAGCGAAUACGUGGACCUGCUGGAGAAGCCUCUGGAGCGCUACCUGAUGAAGAGGAUCCCUGGAUUCAACAUGAACACCUUCACAGAGCUUCUCAUGCAGCACAGAGAAGAAGUCCCAGAUGUGGUCUUUGACAUGCUGCUGACCUUCACAGACUUCCUGGCCUUCAAGGAGAUGUUUGUAGAAUACAGAGCGGCUAAAGAGGGUGGAGGUUUGGACCUGAGUCCGGGUCUGGUGGUGACGCCUUUACGCCCUGGGGGCCCCGCCGGGCCCCGGGGCCACCGCUGAGCUCCAUCUCCUGCGUCUACAUCCUGGCUGACGUCUGUGGGUCCUAUGAUACGAACAUUUUAUAAACUUAGUCUGUGAGUCCUGAUCUGUAGAAUAAUCCUCACGUGUUUACGUAAUAAAUCAUUUUUAUUCUAA